AUCAAGAUCAGCAGAUGUCAUAUGGAAUUGCGCAGUAACAAGCUUAUCAGCCAAUCAGCCCAGAGACGAAGCAGAAGCCGCCCCCGCAUUUCUUGAGGGCGCUCAGUGAUGGUGUACAGGCAAUAACUGCGAUCAGAAUUCUGAUGGGCACGGUCACGCUCUCCAGUGCUUCGAAUCCAAUUCUGGUGCUCAUCGAUUCUACUGUGCCUCAUCUUUGGCUGCCACGGUCCGUAUGCGAUCAGUUUGAGCAGGUCUUCGGCCUUAACCUCUUGAAUGAUAAGCCUUCCGUCGUGAUUGUGUUGGGUAAUGACAAUGAUCCCGAUGAUUUGACACAGAUCACGCUGCCGUUCGCAGCAUUGGAUCUCCAGGCGUCGUAUCCAAUCUAUCCCAAGGCGACACCUUACUUUCCGAUCCGACGAGCUGCGAACGAUACGCAGUACACUCUUGGUCGAGCGUUUCUGCAAGAGGCGUAUGUCAUUGCAUACUACGAGAGGUCGAAUUCUUCGGUGCACCAAACGGUUUUCGAUUACCAGCCGCGGAAACUUGUCGCCAUCUAUCACCAAGGUUAUAUACACACUAACACAAGCCCGACGUCAAACAAGUCAUUGAGCGCCGGUGCUAUUGUGGGGAUCGUGAUCGGUGUCGUUGUCGGAUUGGGCAUACUCAGUGGGGUGGUAUGGUUCCUCUGGCGCCGAAGACAGCGCGAUGAGACGUCUCCUGUGCCGUACCCCGAGAAGAUGGACGAGCACUCGGUCGAGUACUACCAGAAGGUUAUGAGACAAGAACCGCUAUAUGAGCUCAAUCAUGACGCUAGUGUGCAGGAAGCGGACAGCGAAUCGCACGUCGAGCUCGAGACUUCGAGGAUACAUCUGGUAUCGGACGAUGCGCGACAAUCUGAAUUGCCCGGGUAGAUGGCCGAAUGUAUAUUACCAGGAGUUUCGAUGUGCGGCCAUU